AUGGAUUUCACACAGCAAAAGAGCGCUUUAGGCUGCCUUGAGUCGCCCGAAGUAGGGAAGCCGCCAAUCAUUCUAAGCAUCCAUGAGACAGCCUCGAUAACCAGCUCAGAUAGUUCCGAGUCGGGUGCUAAGGAGUUUCAAUAUACAAAGCCAGUCUGCUCAUCCAUCUCUUUCCAGUCUCCAGACGACUCUCUUCCGCGACAACCCCUUGAACAUGAUGUCUAUCAAUCGCCAACAACUACCACCUGGACAAAGCUUGCUGAGACUGUCAGACUUAUAUACACACGCGGCAAAGUUUCACUGCAACAGCACGAGCAUGAGCAGCAGCCCAUCUCUGCGGUAGGGAGGUUCAAUCACUGCUACGUCUACCCGCUGGACAACCGGAGCGGAAAGAACGAGCGCAUAUUGCUGGGCCGCUGGGCUCCAAAGCUGGAAAUUCAAGACGGUCAGGGUACAAGGCAGAUUGUUAUUCAAGCGGCAUCACACAACUAUGCUGGUUUCUACCACCUCACCAAAGAGGCUGAAGAGUUGCAGCACCUAGCACUUGAGAAGUUGCCCGUGGCCGACUCAAGUGCAGUACGAUCCCUGGAAUCGGCUAUGCACGACGGCAUUGCCAGAUUCUUCUCAGCCGACUUUUGUUGCACUACCAGUACAGGGUACGGUUCCAAUCUACUGGCUUUCUCGGCGAUCCUGAAUGAGGACUGGCUUGUCAUGCUUGACGACAAGUGCCACAACUCGAUGCACGUCGCCGCAUACUUCAGUCAUGCCGGACUCGUCAAGAAAUUCCCACACGCCGAUCUGGAAAGAAUGGAAGAGAUGAUUGCCGAAUACAAAGGCAGAUUUGCGAAUGUACUGGUCGCGAUUGAGGGCUUCUACAGGUCAGUCAUCAUGUCAUCCCAUAAAUCAUUUGCUAAAAGAAACAGCAUGGACGGCGCGGUCCCGGCUCUCGACAAGCUCACGCGCCUCAAGGAAAAGUAUGACUUCACGCUGCUCGCAGAUGAAGCUCAUUCCUUGAUGUGCCUCGGCCGUUCUGGUCGGGGUUGCAUCGAGGUUUGGAAUGAACAGCACCCUGACAAACUCGUCCCAAGCGACCUCUUCGAUAUGCGCACUGCAACAUUGUCCAAGUCAGUAGGCGCAAUUGGUGGCAUUGUGUGUGGGAAAUCUCGAUUUGCCUCUGCAGUUCUGAGGCGUCGUGAGGAGAUGCUUGUUGCCGGAGUGGAUCCUAUUCCGACCUCAUCUAUCAUUCAGACUCUGAAUGUCUUGGGUCAGCCAACCCUGCUGCAGCGUCAUCUGCGGAGGUUGGCGGUAAUGACUACCUUCGUCCGCGAAGAACUGCGCCGGGCAAAUAUCCAUGUCUACGGUAAUGCAAUCUCUCCCAUUCUACCAGUUUACGCAGGCCGGCCCAGUAUGGCAGCAAAAAUGUCUUAUGCACUUAGGAAGGUCGGACUGCUCGCAACGCCAGUGUCAACUCCCGCAGUUCCCUUUUGGGAGUCCCGCGUCCGCAUUUGUCUUUCAGCAGAUCACGAUAACGACACGGUAAAUGGACUUAUCGUGGCAAUCGUUACGGCUGCUCGAAGUAUUGGGCUAAUAAGGAACACCAAAUUUGAGGCCCGAUUGUUCAACUACCUUGACGAGCCACCUCCGGAGCGGGAAGGAAUCGAGGCACUGCAAACAGCCAACUAUAUUCGACGACUUGUCGACCAAGAUGUAAGGAGCACAGACACAAUACACAGCGACGCUAUACUGGGUGCUGGCCACACAGCACGUAGUAAAUAUGGGCUCGGCUCUGGAGGUGCUCGCUGGAUCACAGGCACGUCGCAACUACAUAUCCAAGUCGAGAAGCUCGUUGAAAGGCUCACGAGGACCCCGGAGGCUCUUACUUACCCUGACUCGUUUAUUGGUCUCAUGUCAACCGUUGCAGCUCUCUGUCGUCCGGUAUUGGGGUUCAAGAAGCACGUCUUUCUAGUCCCGGAAUCAGCACCCCAGGCAGCCUGGGCAGGGUUUCGCGUCGCAUCCAAAAAGGGAGCCCCCAAAGUCCAACAGUACGGUAACAGCAUCAACUCGCUACUUGACCAUGUGCGCUCGUGUGGCCGAACGACCUAUGUCACCCUUUUAGUCGAUUCCGCAUUUAAGGGUCAGCGUGACGGGAUGGUAGAGCAGUGCAAUCCGAUAGAGAUGGUUCAGAAAAUGCGCGGCCCCUCCGGCAUGACAGUCCUCUUGUACGACAGUGUUGGGGUUGGAAUUCUAUGGUCGAGCGCCAGACCACGAAGCGCGUCCGCGAGUGCUGCUUCGGCUAUGAUGCCUAAGUUUCGAGACCAUCACUUCCUUAUCUACGGCUCUUUCUACACAGCGUUUGGCCUGCCGGGCGCAUACCUCGCGGGCUCCGCGGUUCUUCUGAAAGAGUUGAGAUACACGAGUCGCGGAUACAUGUUCACGACGUCGCAGCAGCCGUUCAUCGUGGGCAUGGUUGCUGCGGAGCUGCAGCGGAUGAUGAUGGAGGGGGGAAGUGAUGAUACCGUUUAA